UGUGUGUUGUGUUGACUGUCGCUUGAUGUUUUCAAGAUUGUGGUAUUUAACAGUGCGGACAGCUUCAUAAGGACGCUUUAUCCCUUCUAAAAAUACAACGGGAGUUUGUAAAGACUAUCCCUCAUCGUACGGAGUGGUUUGGAGGCUACAUUUUGCUAUCAGAAUGCAAAUCAAGGAAUGUAUCGUGUCUGCACCAGGGAAAGCUAUCCUCCACGGAGAACACGCUGUCGUGCAUGGCAAGGUGGCUCUGGCUGUAAGUUUGAACCUGCGCACAUACCUACGGUUGCAGGCCACAUCCACCAGUAAAGUCUGCAUCAAUCUCCCCAACAUCAACACUUUCCUCAGCUGGGAUGUGACCGCGUUGAAGCAGCUUCUCCCUGACUCUGGAGCUGAGCUGGGGAAUGUGAAUGAGCUUAAUGCAGAGCUUGUCAGGAUGCUGCGAAACUUUGUUGGUGUAUCAAAUGGAACCUUGGAUACUCGCAGCAUGGCCAUCCUAGCCUUCCUCUACAUCUACCUCUGUGUCUUUGCCAAGUCAGGGGAGUUGCCCAGCCUGACGGUGUCUGUGUGGUCAGAGUUGCCAACUGGAGCGGGUCUGGGGUCCAGCGCUGCCUACUCUGUGUGCCUGGCUGCAGCCAUGCUUUCUGCCAGUGGGACCAUCCCUUCUCCACUGAGUGACCAGGAAAACACAGCCAGGUGGGGUGAGGUGGAGAUGGAGCUAAUUAACAGGUGGGCGUUUCAGGGAGAGAGGAUCAUCCAUGGGAACCCCUCAGGGGUGGACAAUGCUGUGGGGACAUGGGGUGGCAUAUUGAGAUACCGUUCUGGGAAGAUAACAGCCUUAAGCAGGGUCCCAAUGUUAAGGAUCCUACUCACGAACACCAAGGUCCCUCGCAGCACCAAGGUACUUGUUGCUGGAGUGAAGGACAAAUUGAACAAGUUUCCCUCUAUUAUAAACCCUGUACUGGAGUCUGUGGAUGCAGUCUCCUGCACCUGUGAGCAGACCUUAACAGAGAUGGCCAGCGACACCCCCACACCAGAGCACUACAAUGUCCUGGAGGAGCUUAUUGACAUCAACCAGCACCACCUGAAUGUGAUUGGUGUCGGACACACGACCCUGGACACCCUGUGCCAGGUCACCCUGGCCAGAGGGCUACACAGCAAGCUGACUGGUGCCGGAGGAGGGGGCUGUGGCAUCACCUUGCUUAGACCAGAAACGGAGUGCUCGGUGGUCCAGAACACGAUCCAGGACUUGAGAGACUGUGGCUAUGACUGCUGGGAGACCCGUAUCGGUGCAGCAGGCGUGCAGCAGCACUCUCCCCUCGCUGUGAAAGAGGAGGUCCUGGAGGUUUUGGCGCGCUACUGAGACUCACUGGCCAUGGGUGUGCCCAAUGCCCUUCCUAUAGGGUAGCUGGGAGCUUUGCUGCAUGACUCUGGCCUACCAAGUAUUCUAUUGUUAAGGAAUGACAGCGAACAAUAGAGUUGCCUCCAGUAUGGGUUGACGUGUGAAUGUUAAUAGCACUUGUCUAUUAGACUACCAACAGUCAAGACAGACUCUUUGUGUCAGGGGAGGACAAUAGCUCAUCACACACUCAUCACUUAUUUUUCUAACUCUGAAAUCAUGCCAUUUCAUGAGGUCAUGAAACUAAUAUUGUAGGGGAACUAGGCAGGUGAUCACACGUCACUUUGAAAUGUUGUUUUCAGUAUUGGAGUAUGAGCCUGGCCUGAAAUGAAUGUUAACAGAUGUGGUUUUGAACUAUGUCUAGCAUGAGCUUUUCAUUAGAUUUCUAAAGCGGAUGCAGAAAAGCAAGAAACACUGUGCUCAGCAGUGUGUCUAGCUGCUGGUUUUGGCAGGGACAACUGCUAUUCAAAAACGAACCCACUGGGAUUUUUUUAUUUUUUUAAAAGAUAGAUGACCAACCUUGACUUUAGUGCUCAUUUGUUUUCAACUCAAGAUUGGUCCAUCUGUCCUUUUUCAGUGUGCGGUUUUUAGUCUUAUUUUUGAAUAUCUCUACCUUCAUUGACGUCGUUUUAAUUUUGAAAGAGGGUGCAGUGAUCUGUUUUUCCAAUAGAUGGCAGCAAAAUAUAAGAAUUCACUAACCUCAACAGGGACUGAGUGAGUCAGAGUGAUAGAUUGUCAUUCAGUGUUUGCUUCAGGUGUCAAUACAAUGCCAUGGCUGAUGCACUAUUUGUUAAACUAACCUUUUAAAACUGAAAACCUUCUAGUUCUAUGUGUCACAUAAAUGGUGUGUGGAUGUCUUUUUAAAGGAGCUAUUGCACACUUGGACACCAUCCAAGACUAAUUAUGGUGAAUUCAUUGACUAAAAAUAGAAAAUGGAUUUUUAAGAUAAACCACUUCCUCAAGAAGCAUAGCAGGGUAAUUGUUUUCUCAAGGUCCAAAGCACAAUUUGUAGUUCUCCAUACUUUUUUUGUGGUGAGACCAUGUUUUUUUUUGAAGACAGCCCCUCAAGCUCUUCUUUCCAAGAGCUGAGUAUGAAAUUGAAAAUGACAGCCAUUAUCUGAUUUCUUUGGUCAUCAAAUAUGUCUGACGCAUCAUGCCGCAGACCAAGAAAUGCAAGGCCUUUAAAAAUAACUAUUGGUAGGUAGGCUAGGCUACAUCUCUGCCUUUCACAUUGGUUUUCAUGUUUGUUAUUUAAUUAACCAUGAUAUGCUACAGCAUGUAUAAGGGGGAAAAAAUCAAAUCUUGAAUCAAUGUAUUUCAGUACAUAUCAGAGGAGGCUGGUUGGAGGAUCUAAAGGAGGAUAGGCUCAUUGUAAUGGAUGGAAUGGAGUCAAACGUGGUUUCCAUGUGUUUGAUGCUGUUCCAUUAAUUCCAUUCCAGCCAUUACAAUGAUCCUGUCCUCCUAUAGCUCCUUCCACCAGCCUCCUCUGGUACAUAUGCAUCCCAUAUUUCUAUUGAUUUAUUUUCAAAAUUAGGAAAGCGUUUGUUUUUGAUCAGUGUUAAUGUUGUGUGAGAAAGGUGGUGUAGCACAUGAGGAAUGGGAGGCUGGCUCUCCAAGGCUUAUCAGUGAGCCUGGAUUAAUGUCCUCUAAUGUGGAUCAACAGCUCGUGGCGUGCAGUGACUCACGCUUACUUUUGUGCUGACACACACACACACACACACACACACACACACACACACACACGGGCAUCUUCAAAUUAUGUUUUACUUAACUGCUCAUCCUCUAAGCAUAACAGAAAUUUCUGCCUAUGCUGCAUUCAUAUAAGAUGUGGAUUAGCCUAAUUUAGAAAACUUCUCAUUUCGGAAAAGGUCAGUUGGGGAUAUCUUAGUCUUAAAUCUCAAUUUUUAUUUAAUUUGAAAUGUCAUGAAGAUUGAGUAGUGUGGACCUGGCAGUGUGUAUGAAUGAAUGGCAUUUGUCACAUGCCCACCCCCCUCCUUUCCGCCUGUCGCCCCUCUCGUCCCCCUGAAUUGUGUCAUCUUUAUGUCAGUGUCACUGCUCUGCACAGUCGCCCCUAACCCCCGCUGCAAUUUAAUUACCACUGCACUUUUCAAUUGAAAUGGCAUUGACGAGGGGGGACAAGAGGGAGACAGCAGCCCAGCCGUGCCCGUUUCAUUUUAAGCUCCUCUUUCUUCUCUACUUUCUCUCUUCUCUACUCUCUCUCCUAAUACCCCUGCGAGGCACAGAUGUUUUUUUUUAAAUCAAUGUCAGUGCCAGCUUCUUUUUUGCUCUGAUGAAUAGAUUCUAAGAAGGCCCUGACAUUAUUUCAGAUAACAGAAGGAGCAAUGAAAGGGGGUCAAGGAUAGAGGGAGAAUGACAGCACUGGAGAUGACAUGAAAACACUAGAAAAGCCUUAAAAGAGAGAAUAUGUGUAAAUUAUAUAUUUUUGUUGUGGUUUUGUUUUCACAAAGUGUGCAGUGUUUGAAUCAUUAUGGGAGAAUAAUAAGGGAUGCAGAAGUCGUACUGCUCAAGCAAGAGUAACGCAAUGGUUAAUUUUGCUAUGGAAAUGUUGUGAUCAUGAUCCCUAUGGCACCACCAUCCCUCUGGUCUCAAUGAGCUGGUGAAAUGUUGGCAUGACCCAUUCACUUUCAACACACAAUUGGAACUGGCUGACAAUAUAUCACUUUGUACUUGGCCAUGACUGUUUGCCUAUGCAUGUUUUUCCUUGCAGGUCAUUAUAUCGGUAUCCAUGUCCGUUGGAGAUUUUGAGUACAGUAUGUGGUCAUUAACAUUUAGUAGUUUCUUAGGAUCCCCAUUAGCUGUUGCCAAGGCAGCAGUGUGUGCGCGUGCGUGCGUGCGUGCGUGCGUGCAUGUCCAUCCUCUCCCAGCCUCCAGGCACAGACAGACGGCUGACAGACAUCAGCCACUGAAAGCCCUCGUGGGUCGAGCCUCUGAGCCCCCACCACCAUUCAUUAGGGCUCUGUGACCCUCCUGUGGGGAGGUUGCCCUUUUGGGGAAGUGACGGGGUGGAGGGGGCCAGGGGCAACUGGCUCUGGUGAAAGCAGGGAUCUGCUGACCCUAUUAAAGCCAGCGGGGGUGUGGUGGAAUCUGUGACAGAAUUCCCCAGAGUCCCCACGCUUCAUUUGAAGAGGACUGAAACAUUGGUGCCACUUUGGAAAAACAGUGGGUCACUUGUGACUCAUGUGAGCACUAACAUAACUAGACAGAGUUACCAGAACUACAUCAACAUAGAGAGCGUUGACCACCACAGCGUAUGACUAGUGUCCACUGCACAUACCAUAUUCAUGUCAUUACAUCGAUCAGGUAACUGGUUGUGUGAAGUAGUGGAAGAAACCUGCACAGUAGUAUGUCAUCCCCUUAGUGCCGGCAGCUCUUGUUUUAAUUGCAGGCUAAGGUUUCGCUUUUUCUUGUUGCCUUUGAAGAGCCUUAUUGAUUUUUAUACCACCCCUCAUCUCUGCUCUGCUCGGUUUAAGAGCAAAUCCCUUAUGGCAAAGUUACUGGGAAUGUAAAAGCAUAAAAUUGUCAGCAAUUUUUUUUAAAAUUAUUUUUCACAAGACUGAUGUGUAAUCGAGACGUUUUAACAUUGAAGUUUUUAAAAAUUGGGCUCCUCUGCUUUUUAAAAAGAGUGAGAGGAAGUAUUGAGGCUGUAUUUUAUUCCUGCGGUCUGUCUCGUAUACGGGUCAGCUCAAGGGCUUGCUCAUCGCCAACUAUGUAAAAAAAUAUGUAUAUUUUCUACUGAAUGAGUCAAGUGCACCCCAACUCUAAAGCAGCUAUUCUCCUGUUAUGGUUAAAUGAACUGACCCUGUCAAAAAUCCCCACCAAAACUAUGGCAAUAAUGAUUUCUCAGGUUGGGUAGUUGUCUUCUGUGGAAUUAAUGCUAUCUACUGUGGCAUUUGGGUGAAUAUGCUAGUAUAUAAUAUUGAAGUGGUUUCUCUUGAUGUCUCUCGGUUAUGAAGCUUCAAUCAGAAAUAUGUACAAUUCAUUGCAUCUAUUGUAAAUCUAGCGACGCAAACAUUGAUGCCAAAUCUUUAAUCAUGCUACCACCCGCGUUAAGAACCUGGCAUAGAACUCAAUGCAAUUACACUUGGCUUUCUAAAGAACCCAAAUAUUCAAGAAGAAAUUUGAUAAGCUGGCUAUUAUUAAAUGAAUGCUAAUCUAACUUGCAUACUUUGAACUGCCUUUUGAAUAGAAAAUACACAUCAUUGUCCUUGGGAUGCCUGCCAAUUUAAUCCUGCUGUGUGUCGUUGAGGUUUUGAAAGGAUAAGGAUCUUCCUAUUUAAUCACGUGUCAUCACAGUGUGAUUGACGGCCUGUUAAAACUGUCAACCGCUCAUCCUUAAAGAUUCAGCAUUAAAGUGAAUAAAUCAAGGUGAACAACUGGAUUCAUAGAAUGGAGGGAAACACAUUCAUCCCUAUUAGGAGUUCUGUGAUUAUAUCCCGUUGGUGUGUUCCCCACUGGGGGACAUACCCCCCUCCCCCAAACCCUUUCUGGGGUAUCUGUACUUUACUAUUUAUAUUUUUGCCAACUUUUGCUUCACUACAUUCCUAAAGACAAUAAUGUACUUUUUACUCCAUGCAUUUUCCCUGACACCCAAAAGUAUGUGUUACAUUUUGACAGGAAAAUGGUCCAAUUCACAGUUAUCAAGAAAAAAUCCCUAUUGAACCCUACUGCCUCUGUUCUGGCGGUCUCACUAAACACAAAUGCGUCGUUUGUAAAUUAUGUCCGAGUGUUGGAGUGUGCCCCCUGACUAUCUGUCAAUUAAAAAAAUAAAAUAAUAAUUGUGCA